CCACUCGUAGGAGGCUAGGAUAAGAUUUUUUGUUUCAUAGUUCAUAUCACUAUUGACUCACAGUUAUCAUAUACAUGUAACCUAGAUGUUGAUGUGUUUAUGAUAGUAAGUGGACAUCUCAGGACUUGGAUAAUCAUUGGACAUUCAUAAUGUCGGCCAAAGUUUGCAACAUUUCUCGCACAUUCCCCGGUGACACAUUACCAACAUUACUGCAACUGGUGUGUUACAACGGUGGUUCAUGUCCGAAACAGCUACACACUGCAGGUUUCGUCACUUCAGAGCUGACAUGUAGAUGUUGGCCAGGUUUUUCCGGGAAAGGAUGUGAAAUAGAUGUCAGGGCUUUAUGGGGAAUCACCAUAGCAACAUGUUUACUUUUGGCAAUUCUACUAAUACUCGUUGCUUUGUGGUUUGUUGUGAUAUGGAAGCGAACCAAUGAACUGAUACCCUCAAAACAAAAUAGGCAGUUACCAGGACAACAACAGCUAAAACAUCAACAAACAGAACAGAGGCACCGGAGUCCCUUAAACGAUUGGUUAGGACAAGAGGGCCCGAAUACAAUGCCACCAGGAAUGGUACACGAAAAUGCUUAUGCUGCACCGAACGAAAUAGGCAGGCCGCAAAGAGAGAAUAUAUCGAAUUGGGCAUCUGCUGGCGCCCGAAGAGGUUCCCAAAUGGAGUCUCCGGAACGACUACUGAAAGAAAUGAAGGAUUUGAUCCUGUCGUUUGAAAUGGCACGUCAAAGACACAACAGGGCAUUUUAAGUCGACGUCUGCUCCUCCCCAUACUGUUAAACCAGUGCAUUCACUCUACUAUACCGAACACCUAGAAAUUCCUAAGAUACUUUGUUUGUCUAAUUGAAUUGUUUAAUAUAUUUUUGAAAGUGCCUUA